UGUCAAAAUGCAUUUUCAGUAAAUAGUUCCAAGUGAUUAUACCGCUCUUAAAAUCUAUUAAAGAUGGAUCAAAUGCAAGAUGAAAAAAUCUUUGAAGAAUGCGCCGAUCUUCUCAAAACUUGUACUUACAUAUUAAAGGAUGAAAACGUUGAGAAUCCGUCCACAAAAAAGUUGGAGCUAGAAAAGCUCCACGAGGAGAAAGAAAAUACGGCUAAGAAACUGGAGCUCGAUCAAAGCGAGAAAUAUGCACAUUAUUUGGGUCUUAAAUUGGCUCAUAAUAGACUCAUGAAGAAAAUCUCUGUUAUUGUUAAAUGUACACAAGAAUUGAACGCUAAAAAUCGUAACGUACAAGAUGAUGGCAAGAAGAUACUUGACAAUGAAAAAGACCAGUUUGACGACAAUGCCCGAAAGAUGGAAGAUACAGAAAAACAAUUGGAGCAAUUGCAAACUAGAUUUACUGAAUCAUUCCUGGAACAAGAAAUAACCAAAGUGGCGGGACAAUUAGAAACUGCCAAACAAGAUGAACAAACGAUCGCCGAGCUUCCGCCCCGUACAGUGAAAUUGCCAAAAAGAGUGGAAGAGUUGAAGGAUUUGGCAACAGAAAUCAAAAGUACUACGGAAACUGUUCCCGGUAUAGAGAAGAAGAUCAAGGAAAAAGAAAGUAACAUAGAGUUUUUAUUGAGACAGAUGCGCAAUAAUGAAGCAAAAAAUGAUUCUUUGGAGUAAAAGAUAUUUCUCAUAUAAUUUAAGUUUUCAAGUCAAUUUAACCAAUUUUCAGAAUUUAAAAAUUGUUUAUUUGAAUUUAACAUGUUUUGAGUUUAAUUUGUAAUUUGUUUAAUACUUCUAAUGGUUUAUGAACAAUAUUAAAUAAUGAAAUACUGUCCUUGUGUUCC